AUGGCUAACGUCAUGGAAGUGUCGACUCCAGACAACCUACAAUACCAGUUCUUUCCCGUGUCGAGCGGUUCCGUCCAGUUCAAAGUACGGGCACCCAAUGAUGCCCACAUUGCUCUUACCAUGGGGCCUCAAGAUAGUGAGCCAAUUUAUGAGAUUAUGAUUGGUGGUUGGGGUAACACGAAAAGUGUAAUCAGGAAAAACAAAACAAAGCCAGACAAAGUAGAAAUAGAAACACCUGGAAUUCUAAAUGGCGGUGAAUUCCGCGGCUUUUGGGUUCGUUGGGACAGUGGAAUCGUGUCAGCUGGCCGAGAAGGCGAAUCCAUCCCAUUCAUUUCCUGGGCUGACCCACAACCUUUCCCAAUUGGUUUCGUGGGUGUGUGUACUGGCUGGGGCGCAAGCGGCACUUGGAAAAUUGAAGACGCAGCCGAAUUCAACACUCCAGACAAGUUGGAAUAUAAAUUCGGACCUGCAGCAUCUGGAUCGCUUGAAUUCGAAUACCGCGGACCACACAACUGCCACGUGUGUCUGACGCCCGGACCGGCUGAAGUCGACCCUAUGUAUGAAAUUAUUCUCGGUGGUUGGGAUAACUCUCAAUCAGUAAUAAGGCAUUGCAGACAGAAGCCCGAUAAGGUAACUCUGCCGACACCUGGACUUAUGAACCCCAACGUAUUUAGAAAAUUCCUCAUCGAAUGGAGAUGCGGUAGAUUGAUGGUCCGUGAUGGAUUCACUGGAGGUGUGAUGAUGGAAUGGGUUGACCCUCAACCGUUCCCAAUCACACACUUCGGAGUGCGAACGGGUUACGGAGCACAGGGCAUCUGGCGUAUAAAGCAUUUCUUCAAAGAUGGACAACAACCAUUGGGCCCCUCAGCACCGGCAGCAGCUGCUCUUUACAGUUCUCCCCCUGGUUACCCUGGUGGAGCACCAGCGGUGUCAGCAAUGCACGGUGGUGGUUCAGGUGUGUGGAUGGACGCAAGUGGCGGUCAAGUUGUUCCCGGCGCCGUAGUUGGCGGACAAGACUGUUCUGGAGAGCCCCUAUAUAUUGCAAGGGCUCAGCAUGAGGGUGCCAUGAUCCCUGGAAAAUUGGUCGCUUCACAUGGAUGUGCUUACAUUCCUUGGGGUGGACAGGAACACGGAAAGUCAACGUAUCAGGUUCUUGUUGGAGGUUCAAAUAAUUGGGUGCCAGUAAGUGGAUCAAACGUGCCACCCGGAGCUUGUCCUGGAGGUGAAUCAGAAGACGGGGAGCCACUGUACAUUGGCCGCGUACGUCAUGAAGGUAGUGUUACUACUGGAAAGGUUCAGCCAUCACAUGGUGUUUGUUACAUCCCCUUCGGUGGUCAGGAACUCGGUUUCCCCGAAUAUGAAGUUCUUAUGGCCUAA